AUGUAGAGAUGUAGAGCAGAUCUUUUUCCUGCACUUCCUAAUAAUACAAAUGGCACUUUGUCGUGUGAUACAUUUAACGUUACACAAAAUACAUGGCAUUUCGACGAGGUGUAAGGCUAGCGGGCAGAUUACUUAAAUAUGGAGCUAUCAUACAUUGCACGGCAGAGUUUGUUGGACAUAUCACAGUGUGUCAUGGGUCAUCUAUGGAGCCUACUAUUAAAGGUGGGGAUGUUGUAAUCGUAGAGAAGAUCAGCAUUAACUUUCAAAAUAUAGAAAGGGGAGAUGUAGUACUAUGCAGAUCUCCAGUGGAUCCUAGAACAUUGGUAAUGAAACGAGUCACUUUGAUUGAAGGUGAUGUGUUGGAUAAAACUUCAACUUCACCUUUUCUAGCUAAGGUGCCCACAGGUCAUGUAUGGUUAGAGGGGGAUAAUACAGAGCAGUCUAAAGACUCUAAUGACUAUGGUCCUGUACCAUAUGGGCUUCUCCAAGGAAAAGUCUUGUUGAAGGUAUUUCCUAUAAACAGGUUUGGACUACUAAAAGACAAAUGCCUGGAUUGAACAGCCGUGUCCUUGCCCCUGUGUAUGGAACUCUCACAAGAGGAGCUGUGCAAUCACUUUGGUUUGGAUGUGUCAGAAAAAGGAACCAAAGACAUAGCACUGUGCUGUGGUCUCAGUUUGGAAUUCUCGAAACAAGGACUGCCAUCACUUCAUUUGUCUGCCAACCAUCAAAAGAAAUAUUGUACUUGGCACCUUAACUGUGAUAUUCCAAUGAAAAGGAUUUGAAAAGGCAAGGUUAUUGAGUCCUUCAGUAACCUUUUGGAUUUAGGGAUUUUCUUCAGGCCCUGCACAAUUGGCUAUUACUGGACUAGCUUGGUGCUACCUGUGUACACAUGUUGAGUCAGAUGUUAUAUUUGGUAGUGUGAGUCCAUCUUUGAUUAAGCCUUUGACUUUUGUAUUAAUAUUUUCAGUACUUGUUUAAAUCAGAUUCUUAAAACCACUAUUGUGUCAGUGACAUUCUCAGCUUUGUUAUUUUAAUU